ACUCAUUGUCUUUUAGCCCGAUAAGUUCUAAGCUCUUCUGAAAAAUGCCUAUUGACAUAAAAAAAGUUCUUAUUUGUGAUGCUGUUGAUCAAUCUUGUGUUGAUUUAUUAAAAGCAAAUGGAAUAGAAGUUGACUAUAAUCUAAAAUUGCCAAACAAUGUUCUUAUAGAAGAAGCUAAAAAAUAUGAUGCAAUAAUUGUUCGAUCAGACACUAAAAUAACUUCUGAUGUAUUAUCUUCUGGGUCACAAGGAAGGUUAAAAGUUGUUGGACGAGCUGGCGUCGGAAUUGAUAAUAUUGAUGUAGAAGCUGCAACCAAUAACGACGUUGUUGUUUUGAACACGCCUGGCGGAAAUACCAUUGCAGCAACAGAAUUGACAUGUUUUUUGAUUGGAACUUUAGCUCGUCCAUUUUGUACAGCAUAUGUCAGCAUGAAGGAGGGAAGAUGGGAUCGUAAAUUAUUUACUGGAACAGAAUUAUGUGGAAAAACUCUCGCUGUUUUGGGAUUAGGGCGAAUAGGACGAGAAGUUGGAAUAAGAAUGAACGUUUUUGGAAUGAAAAUCAUUGGUUAUGAUCCCAUUACCACAAAGGAAGAAGCAUUAUUAGCUGGAAUCGAAAAAAAAGAAUUGGAAGAAAUUUGGCCAUUAGCAGAUUAUAUAACUGUUCAUGUUCCCUUGCUUCCUUCGACUAAAAAUUUGAUAUCAACUGAAACUUUAAAUAAGUGCAAAAAGGGCGUAAAAAUAGUGAACGUGGCUCGUGGUGGAGUAAUCAAUGAGCAAGCCAUUUUAGAUGCUUUAAAUGAUGGAACUUGUAGUGGAGCAGCAUUUGAUGUUUUUGAAGAAGAACCACCAGCAAACGAUAUUACAAAGAAGCUAAUUCAACAUCCUAAAAUUAUCGCUACACCACAUUUGGGAGCAAGCACAAAAGAAGCUCAAAUUAAGGUUGCUGUAGAAGUUUCUGAACAGUUUAUUGCUUUGACUGGAAAAUCUCAAGAAUUCUCUCAAUAUAGUGGUGUUGUAAAUCGUUCCAUACUGAAAAAGUAUUUUUAAAUUAUAAAGUUUCAUCUUAGAACAAUCGCAAAAAUAAAGGGAAUACUAAACUUGCA